GCCGGGGUUAGGAGUGUCAUUGGGACAUUAUGGAAGGUCAACGACAGUACUGUGCAGCGCUUAGUUGAAGCAUUCUACCAAAACUUUUGUGGGGAUGGAAAAAUGAAUCCCAAACGAGCUGCCUGGGCGCUGCACCAGGCAGUCCAUUCGUUGGCUUGUGACAAAGAAAUACCAUUGGACCAGCGCAUAGUGUUCAUGCAUAUCGGCAUAUCCAUGGUUACUAUAUAAUGUACAUUUCAUCUUUCAGACUUCGGGACUGCGUACCACCUGCCCUGUGCACCCAAUGCAGACUUCUAUUUAUAUUCGCAAUCUGUUGCCUCAAAGCUAGAUGUGACCGUUUUAUGCUCUGCUACCAGUGUUAUUAUCAACAUCUAGGUCUGGAAGAGGACAACGACUUCCACUCUGGUGGGAAAGGGAUCGCGGAGAUAUCUUGUUUCCUGCUCUUGCGCUAUCGUGAAGUGCAACAGUAACGACUCGACUCAUUCUGACAUCCAAAUGUAUAUUGCAGAGCCAUUGAUCAUUCUUUGCGAGAUAUUUUGUUGUAGUGGACGCAGACGCAGGUGAUUCUGAGAUGGAAGAUAAGAUGGUUCAUAAUUUACAGUUUGGCCACUGGUAGUAAUUCUGAGCGCGUUUAUUGUGUCAAUGCGAGCUCUUGAUUUUACGAAGU